GAAAUAAAUGAAGGUGAACAGACCUCUUGCUCUUCACUAAACAGGUAUUAUUCAUUUCACCUUCAGGGGAAAAGCAAGUAGAAAGUGACGGAGAGGGGAAAUCCGAGCAUGUUUCUUUGCCCCUCCCUGGCUGAAGGUUACCAACUUUACCAGGACGUACCGAAUUUUCCUUGCCUUCGAUCCCUCUUGACGUCCGAGCUCCCUUAUCAAUAUCAUUCCAGAGAGGUUCUUUUUCCUUUGGGAUUAUUUUUAUUUUUCUUUUCCAACUUCCAUGCUUAUUUCUGUUUUGGAUUUUUCUUUCUCUUCUUUUUUCCCUUUUUCAAAUUAAUUAAUUUUUCUUUCUUUCUUUCCCCGUCAAGUGCGGCUUACCCUAAUAUUUUGCUCUCUUCUCCACCUCCGUCACCUUCUCAUAUACUCCAUUACCCAUCCAUCCAUCGCCCGUUUCUCUUUCGAUUCACCACGAACUUCUUUGUAUCUAAUUCCUCUUCACUGUGCUGGAAACUACUCCCUGCUCGGCUGUUCGACACACUGCCCAGCUUCUUAUUUGUCUUCUCUGUUCCUCCCUAUUCUUUUCUUUCAUGUUUGUAGUUUUUUCCACGUUCAGUUCAUACUAGAUGUCGAGUCCGCAAGGUGAGUGUAUUCGUCGAGUCGACCUCGUGCUUUUCUUUCGUGAAUCCUUCUUAUCGCAUGGCUACUAUUCUUCCCUCAACUGCCUCCAAUGCAAAUCACAGCGAUGAUUUGUGUGUUUGGGAUCUUGAUCGUUGCUCUCAUCUGUGCCACUGCCCGGGAUCUCUUGUCUCGUAACACCCUGUUGGCUGCAUCCGCCCUCCGCCG